AUGAGAAAAUUCCGACUGCUUGCACACUUGGCUUCUGGGAACAAUAAGUCAUCAAUAUUUUGUAUAUUAGCUGCUGCCUUGAAGGACUAUGAAAUUGUUGAGUCUUUCCAAUUAAGCGUAAAAAAUAUGCGAUAUUGGCAACAACGAUUUGUUCUUUGCGCUCCUGAGAUAAGUGCUUCGUGGUUCGUUCAACUCAAGACGCGUCAUUUCAAUUACGAAUGUUUCAUCAGUGAGUUUGUGAAAGUUUUGAUGUGGCAUAGUAGUGCGUUUGCCGUAUUCUACUUUGUGCAGUCAGUUGUACAAUAA